AUGUUCACUAAUAUAAAAGUGUGGACUAAAUCAAUUGGAAUGAACCACUUGACCCGGUUGCUGAUAACGGUAGCUGUUGGGAUUGUCGUCGCUAUUGCGGCUAUUCCACUGAAUUCUGAUGGCAACAAGGAUGGAAUCGCAACACCUCCAGGAGAGAAUAUACAUUGUCUCAUGGUAGGAGACCUGUACAAUUAUGGAACCAACGCAACCGCUUACGAAAAGGCAAUAGAACUUAUGACUGAAAUCAAUUACGGUCUGUUUGAAGCCGAGGGAUUCUCUAGCCUCGGUCUGUGGUUAUAUGGACAUACGGAGUUGUUCACGUCUCUCGAGGAUGCUCUCAACUACAUGCGAACAUCACCGUUCGAAUUCUUGGAAGAUCUACAGGAAGUAUCUUAUAGUGCAGAGGAUAAACCUGUGACAACCGCUAGUGCCAUCAAAAAGCUGAAUGAAUUGGUGGAUAAGGAGAAUCGUGUGAACUGCUUAAUCUUCUUCUCUGCCCAGGAAAAAAUAGCGGAACUUCCACGCUUGGAACCCGAUUGCAGUAAGUCGGGAAUCAAUAGAAUUGUGGCUGUUGGGCUUAGCGACACAAACCUUCACCGAGUUGUUGUCCCUCCACAAGGUGUUGCCGUCCGAGUUCCCUACAGUUUCACAUCGAAAAACGUUGAAGAAGUGGUCGCUGCUGUAAUGGGAAGGACUGAGAGUAGUUCAGCCAAGCCCCUCCCAAUGGAACCAACAAAGAUUCCUGCACGGAAGACUUCAGUGGUGAAUCCUCGCCCCGCAAAAAGAGGCACAACAGAAUCACCGAUAUCAAAAGGGCUUCGCUGCCUUUUUGUUUAUGAUUUGUACAAUUUUGGCAACGAUGAGGAAGCAUACGAUAAGGAAAACCAAUUUGUGGCUGAUAUUGGAGAAAGGUUUUUCACCACGACAGCGAAUUCGGCUGCUGGACUUUGGGCCUAUGGUCAUACUUCUAUCGACAAAACUCCCGAUGUUGCUUUGAAUGAAAUGCAGAAGAAAUAUGGUCGUUUUAUGGUGGAAAUGGCUGAAGUGGAAUACGACGACACAAACGAAAAUCCACUGUCAACAAAAGGAGCAAUAGAGAGGAUCAACGAGACAAAGGACAACAGAAAACGCGGCAACUGCUUGGUCUUUUUCUCAGCACAGGAAAACACCGCUGGUUUGCCAGUCUUGAACCCUCAGCACAUGAAUCUUGAACGGAUAGUGGCCGUUGGCUUGAAUAAUGCGGAUAUGAGCAAGAUCAUUCCAAAGAGAGGACAUGCGGUCAGCGUAGGUAACGACUAUGGAGAGGAAGAAGUGAAAAAAGUUGUGGACGCAAUUAUGGGAGGAUAA